AUGGGCAGCGUUCAGAUAUCCGGCGACAACAUAGUUCUCGUAGAGCUAGAGGUAACCGACGACCGGUUCCCCGACGUCACCUUCACGGGCACCGCGGAAUCUGUCUACGAGGAGAUGAAGGCGCUCAAGCCCGAGGCCUUCCCCGACACGAAGGAUUUAGAUGUCGCCCAAGCGCGCUCCUUGCACAAGCGAUCAACCCUCAACUGUGAAUGGGGCAGAGAUGUCUUUGGCCACAAGUCUUGCAACGACGGCUGGAAUCGCCUGAACGGACUUCACCACACCUGGUACUGUGUCAAUGGCGGAGUCAACCACUGCGCCAUCGUUAGCUGCUCAUACAACUGCGCUGUCUACUUGUGCAACUUGGUAUGUCUUAUUUACCCCAAUACACUUGAGAAUGAAGAGCUGAUCUGA